AUGAGCUUUUUAACUGUAACAACUUUAAUAUACGCUAUUGGAGUUAGAAUUAUCGCUACUGCUAGCACCAGACUUACCCUUCAAUUGUUCUUCGUUAAGAGAUUUAAAUUAUACUCAUUCCAAUUACAAGAUCCAAAAGAACUCUAUGUGGUAGCUAUUUCUCAGACUCCCUCUCCGAUAUCAUGCUCUAACACCCUGUUACCUGUUACCACUAUGGUAGGCCUCUAUUCUACCAUCGAAAGUUGA